GCUCAAGGUCAAAGCCAACGCUACCCUCCCCCGCGGCCCGUAGGCCCUUGGUCCCAGCCACCAUGAGCAGUGGCGGUGGCGAUGGUCGAGCCCAACGGCGCGAUAUGCUCGAGACCAUCGAGGAGCAAAAGGCCAUCAUCAGCAAGUACGAAAACCGACUACGCGAUGUGGUCCGGGCUUAUAAAGGACUGGCCCAAGAAAAAGACGCCCUGGAGGCCAGUCUCAAGGCCAUUCAGUCGCCUUCAGACAGCUUUCAGACCACGCUCGAUCCAUGUCAUUCGGGCUCACGACCGGCUUCACCCGCCCCUUCGGCCGCCUCAGAUCCGGAUCCCGCACCCGCCCAGACAUCCAACGCAGCCAGUUCUCCUGAGGCGGCGGCCUCCCAUCAAAUUCGCACACUCACCAGUUCUUUGGCUACGUUGACCCGGGAAAAGUCGCGCUUAGAGAUCGCCUUUCAAGAGGAUCGCAAAAAGCAUCUGAGCGAGAAACGGGAACGCGAACGCCAACUGGAAGCUGUCCAGACCGAGAUGACCCAAGUCAAAACCCAGGCCCAAAAAGAGGUCGAGGAGGUCAAAUCCAAAUUGAUCGUGGAGCGUCAUGGCCGCGAGAAAGAUACGGCCCAACACGCCCUCAUGAUCCGUGAGCUGCAAAAGUUGCUGUCCGAUGAGCGACGCACCAAGGAGCGACUCGAGAACGAUCUCCACGAGACGCGCUCCAAGUUGUCAGCCGUCCCCAGUGCGAGUGGGGUCAAUGCCAAAUAUGAGGCCCGCAUUCGGGACCUAGAGGCCCAGUUGCAAGACCAAGGUCAACGUUUGACCCAAGUCCAAGAGCAAAACCGCGCGCUCUCGCCCGAGGUGCCCAAAUUGAAAGAUGAGAUCGCCGCUCUCAAGUUGAAUCAUCGACGGGAUCUCGAACGGGCCGAAGCUCGAGCUGAAGCGGCCGAGGAUCGCACGGUGCAAGUGCGACAGUCCGGUGAGACUCGGGUCAACCAUUUGGAAGCUCGGUUGCAGGAGCUCUCGGACACCAUUGGCACCUACGAUCGCUUGAGGCAGCACGAUCAAGGUGAAAUUGAGCGAUGGAAAGAGAAAGUCUCGCAACUGGAAGCCUCGCAUCGCGCCUCGUCCGUCUCGCCCAGUCACGCUUCCGAGGCCGAUGAGUUUGACCACCUGGAUUUGAACGACCUAAUCCGCAAGUUCCAAAACCUGAAAUCGGCGCUCAUAGCAACGAACAUGAAGUCCACGGAAAGCGUGGAUUUGGACCAUAUCUUCAUCGAUCCCGCCAGUCAAAAGUCGUGGCAGAAGGAAUAUGCGGAUUUGAAACGCGAGUUCGACCUUUAUAAACGUCAGAUCGGGUCACCUCGAUCUCGAGCAUCUUCGCUCUUGCCUGAAGUGGAUCAAGAGGUCAUUGUCACUCUCAAGACCAAGACCCAGGAUCUCGAAUCGCGAGUGACGUCGUUAAAGAAGCGGAACAUGGAAUUGGAGUGCGAGAAUCGCGAGGCCAAAACUCGAGUGGAGACCCUAGAGAAAUCGAUUCAGGAUCUGAACGAGUCCGCGCUUGAACGGGAAUUGGCUAAAGAGCAGGAAUUCAAAACCAAGUAUCUGAACGUUGAAUGUGAGCUCCAAAAGCAACGGGAACGUUGUCUCACGCUCAUUGAGGAGAAGGAGGACGAGGUGAGCAUGCUGAAGUCCAACAUGGAACUGGUCUUUCAAAAGGCUUUCGCUGCCAACGCUAAAGACGGCGACGGCGAAAAAGCCGCAGCUGCCGUUUCCAAUGUGAUUCAUAGCGCCCAUGGGCCUUCCCUUUCGCGAAAGACCUCACGGAUUGAAGCCAGUGAUAUCACGGACGACCUGCAUUCGUCGAUUCAAGGGGACGGCAUGGUGUUGCACUACGUCCAAGAGAUCUCACACAAGGACGUGGAAUUGAGCCAAUUGCGGAAGCAAGUGUUUGAUCUGGAAUCAACAAUGCGAGAGCUUCAAAUGAACGCCGUGGCCAAGGAAGAGCGAUAUUCAGAGGAGAUCGAGUUCUUGAGUGAGGAAGUGGCUCGAUUGAAGCGCAUGACCAGUAAAGAAGGCGCCAAUAUGGAGUAUUUGAAGAAUGUGGUCCUGAACUACAUGCUCAGUUCCGAGGCCAAUUCCAGAGAUCACAUGCUGAAGGCCAUUGGUGCCGUGCUCAUAUUCUCGCCCAAGGAGAUGCGCCAGAUUCGAGACUACAACGCGUCAUGGUGGCCUCAAAAGGCUACACAGAAGAAGAAAGGUCACCGGUGAAUGUGGUCGGUGAAAUUGGAUUGGUUUGGUUUGAGGAUUGGAGACCCUAGCGUGUCUCGGUUUUCGGUAUUUUUUUGUAGCUGCACAUUGUGAUACUUCUGAUUUUAUACAUUUAUGUUGAGAAAUGACGAAAUUAUAUUCACGUUUUUUUUACUGUA